ACCACCACCGCCUCCUCCUGCCUCCAUCAGCUGGCUGCAGAGGGUCGAUCCCGGCGCAUUGCUUUCGCUCGCCCCGCUGUCUCCGCAGUGACCACCGGCUGACCGGCUGCUGGACCUCCCCAGUCUGUGCCCGGUGCACCGGAAGAGAUGCCAUCUGCCUCGAGCCGUCUGGGCCGGAACCCGCUUCACUAUACUUGAUUGGAUCAAAGUUGCUGCAAUGGAGACCGCGGGUGGAGAUGCGGCUCUCUCGUACUUGGAGAGAGCUGGAGACAGAUACUACGAUCUGGAACAUCUGCCUCCGCUGCUGGAGGAUGAGGAGAACGUGUCUCUGGCGGACAUCCUCUCUCUGCGGGACAGCUGUUUGUCUGAGGAGGAGGUGUGGGCGGUGUGUGCAGAGUGUGUCGUGGCCCUGCAGAGCAUCAGGCCCUCCCACCUCUUUCACAGCCUGUGUAUUACGCCAGACACGCUGGCCUUCAAUGCCCAUGGGAAUGUUUGCUUCAUGGAGCAGCUCAGCGAUGAUCCCGAAGGCUCCUUCGUUCCUCCUGAGUUUGACAACACAGGCAGCACGUUUGAGGGCCAUGUUUACUCUCUGGGCUCGACACUUUCUGCCGCACUGAGCUUUGUCAUCGAGCCAGAGCUUGAGGCUGAGCUGGGAGAGGAAGUCCAGAAGCUGUUGGAGAAGAUGCAGGAGGAGAAGCCUGAGGAUAGGCCGCUCCUGCAGGACAUCGUGUCUGUGGCUGAAGCACGGCUGUCUCAUACCUCCUCUGCAGCUUUGUGCCGGAAACUGUCCUCUGUCGGGCGACGGGUUCUUUCCAUUGAAUCGGUUUCAACGUUUCAAGAUGGACAGGACGGUUCCUGGCAGGCGAGAUGGCAGCAUCCCAAACCCAGAUGUCUGCUGAGAAGACUGAGCUCGGAUGAUAAUACUGCAGACCUGUGCAGUGACACUUCUGUUAAGACCAACGGGCUGUCCAGGCAGCAGGUGUGCAGGGGCUGGGAUUCCUCUCUGUGGGCUGAGGAUAUGGAAACCAGUGACGCAGACGGUACAAUGCUAGCAGAUGAGGUGGACUGCAGGUCCCACAACAGCUCCCCAGUGAGGAGGAGGGUCCAGCAGAGGCUGAACAGAGUGAGGGGGGCUCUGAACCGCUCCUGCUCUGUCCCGGACUCCAACAACCCCCGCUGUCUAUCCCCUCCAACGCAUGGAGAUAUCAGUGAACCGGUGUGUGACCUGACUGAGAUUGGGGCAGACGAACACUUGAGCUGCACGUCUGUGUGGAGUGACAGAUUGCAAAGACUCAACCGGGGCCAGUCCUGUGAAUGUUACCCAAACAGCCGCACUGAGGAUUACGGGAAUUCAGUUGUGGACAACCAAAUGUCAGAAGAAAACAAAGACGCUGCAGAAGCUUUAUGCAGAGGAGAAACAAGAGGUCAAGAGCACAGUGAAAGUGAAUCCAAGGACUGUAUCCAGGAUUUAUCAUCCCUGUUUACUUCCUGUCAGAACCUGGAAACAGCACAAGAAUCUCCAGGGGACCAGAGCUCAUUGAGCCACGGACUCUACAUUCCUAACAACCACAUGACCAAAAGCAUGCUUUGCCUGAACGAAGAGUCUCAGGAUGAGUGGAUCUCUCUGCGAGAGCUGCUCACACGCUAUGGACGGAGGCUGACGGUCAAUGAGCUGUGGGCUCUGUGUUACACCUGUCUGUUCUCAUUGCAGACCUACAUUGACUUUCCAGCCUAUUUAUGUCUGGACACAUUGUACGUGGGCUGCAAGGGAGAGGUGCUGUUCUUGAAACCUAAAAACAUCGGACCCAGAGACGAGUUUUAUCUUGCUCCUGAGUAUCAAGAGCAUGGCAUUGUGACUGAAAAGGUUUGUGUGUACGGAGUUGCUGCUAUUCUCUGGUCCACGGCCAAGUUCAGUUUAUCGCCUUCUCAAAAACUGCCAAUGCCUCGCAAGCUGAAGAGACUGCUCCUGGAGAUGGCGAAGCGGACACCCAUUGAGAGACCGACCAUCAUUACAGCUAAGAAGAGCUGUCGUGACUACUUAUCCCGUGAAGGGACAAGUGCAGAGACCGUGUGGAACAACCUGAUCAGCCGAGUUCACCCGCCAGUGUCAGAAGUCACAGAUGCAGAAGAUUUGAGUGCAACAGAAACGCGUCACAGCUCAGAUGAGGAGUCGGAGUGUAACAACAGCGGCUUUUUGCCAAUGGCCACUGAGAGCCGCUUGGCUCCUGUGCCUGGCCCUGUUUCCCACAGCUAUCCACUCAGCAAGGGACAACAACUCCCAGAGGCCUUCACUUCCACCGCCACACACUUCACCCCCAUCGUCCUGACCAGCGAAGGGGACUCAGAGGAGGAGAGCCACCGCGUUGGAGCUGCCACUGAAGGGGAUGUGGAUGGUUUCAAAGAAACCAGUGAAAAGAUGGAUGAAAAUGAUGUUGAUUUCUCUCCACACUCUGAGUGCCCACAUCCAGCACAGACUGAGCCCAAUCUACAUACGGAGGAGCUGCCUGUUUAUCAGCCAGUCGUGAAUUCAACUUCCUCAACCUUCAGCGCCAACAUUAAGCUCCACUCUUCUUCUGCUCUCCCUGAUAUUUCUUGUCUCAAAGUGUCUCUUCCUCGGUUUUUAUCCACCAACCUCAACGGCUGUGGUGUCUUCAACAAUUACCUCUUUUGUCAGGAUCCCACAACAGGACAUCUUUCUUUAGUGCCUGUGCAGGUCAGGGCUCCCGAGUCUCUCCUCGGGUUGGAUAUAAAUCUCUCCCUGGUCCCACAGCCUCUGCGAGGAUUAAUCACAGUUCCAGAGAACACUGAAGGUCCGUUUAUUAACUGUCUGAAUGUGCCUGUGAGGCCGAAACCCCAGGAUCGUGACCCGCCAUCAAACGUCAGUGGGAGUUCCAUCAUUUCUGACAGCCGCCUGGAGCGCAGUGUCACCAGAGUUUUAAAUGGACAAACAAUUCAGGGGACACGUGUCGAGGGGCAACUUCCUGCAGAGUCCAUCCCCCCCAAAGUCCACCCUGCCUUACAGGAGGUGAUCGACCUGCUCAAAGGAGAGUUCUCACCUGAUGGGUGUUUGGAUGAUGGACAAGAGGACCUCGCCAUGGGGGAGUGCAUCUUCUCGUUGAAGGACCUCCAGUACGACACGUUUGCCUGUGUUGUGAAGGAGAGGUUCGGUGGUCUGUACUGGGAGGACGACUUGCUGGGUGUUCUACACUGCCUCGUCAACUACAGCCCAUCCACACUCGGCUCUAAUGAGCAUCCUUCAUCAAAGGCUGUGAAAAGGGCAGCCCGUACUCCACCUUUGAUUGCAUCCGUGUGGAGAGGAAAGACAGGAGUUUGCUUGCAUGGCCAUCUUGAUCUAAAUGGAAACAUUCACACCUCCACUCCUGCUACUGUGGAUUCUAUGGAAGAGGCCGAGGCCCGCUCCUGUCCUGACGAAAACGAGAGUGCACGUGGAGAUGUUGAAGUAAGAUCGGAGCAGAGUCAACAGUGCAUCAGUCAAGGCGCGAGCACGGACGGUUCAGGCGCAGGGGUCAUGGAGGGAGGAGAUCAUUCAGUGGGGGGCAGCGAUGAAAGCCCCUCUGAAGCCGAGUUUCUGUCGGCGAGAGAGGAUGGUCUGCUGGGAGCCCUGCGUGAUGAGCAGAUGAGCCCUGACUGCUUGGAGGACAUGGAGGACAGCGACUCCCUGGUGUCAGAGCAGCUCCUCUUGCCCGGAUCCAAAGCAGGGGGAGCGGGCCUCAGCUUGAGCCCGGCAUGGACCUUGGCCUUUUUUGGAGAAGACAGUUUUAGUCCAGAGGUGAUGCAGUAUGCAGUGAAUCUGGGACAGCACACAGGAUCGCCAUGUCUGGAUUCGAAAACCCAGGAACUGCAGCAGCAGCUGAUAAUUGAAACAAGGAACUUGAAGAAAACUAGAAAUUUCUACCAGAAGCUCAUUCUACAAGAGAGAAAAAAUAAAGGCUCUGGGAGCAAAUCGAUGCUUUCCAAACUCAAGUCCCAGCUUGAGGAACUCAGAUCCAAAGUGGUCUUCUUGGACUGCGUGAAGAAAUACCUUGAGAUUCUCAGUGUGGAGCAGUGGGGCUUGGAGGUUUCAUUAUUACCCUCUUUGGCUGUCUCAGGAUCUGGCUCCUUGGACCUCCAGUCCUCCGAGGACCCCUCUGGUCUGAACUUUGGCUCAAGCAAAGGGAAGAGAACUCUGCAGGCUGGCUCCCCACUGGGCCUCAUGGCGUACCUCUACACCAGAAACGCGGCUGUGGAGGGCUAUAUCCAGCAGUUCCUUUAUACCUAUCGUUUCUUCUGCACGCCUGAUCAGCUGCUGCAGUUCAUAAUGGAUAAAUUCAUCAGUGCUGCAAGAGAAGCUCCAGACAUGUCAGCAGAGAGUGAAAAGAUCUUCCAUCGCAGUUUGGACCUGCUCCAGAUCUGGAUAACAGACUGUCAACAGGUGGACUUCACACCAAAGUCCGGCCUGGUGGAUGCAUUAGAAACAUUCCUUAAUACUGAGGUAAUUCCUGUUGACAGCCGGGGCCAGGACCUUCUUGCUGCUCUCCACACUCCAACGAGUACAAGUUGGAGCCAUGGAAGAGGAAGUCUCGUCAGCAUUGAGGAGGGCGAUGACUCUGUCUACUUACGUUCAUCGACUGAGGAUCUCAGCAGAAAGUGGAGGAUCUCAAGAGUGGUGGAGCCCUCUGCAUCCAUGCAUAAAGAUAAGGCCUUCUCCAUUGCUGCAGCUUUGCCUAUGCCUUUCUACGGCGCCCUGGUGGACAGUCCGUCCAACGUCUGCCUGCACAGUGAAGAGCGCUUCCCAUUCAGCCAGAACGAUUACAGUGCACAGCACAUAGCCCAGCAGCUCACCCUCCUGCAGCAGGAAAUAUUCCAAGGAUGUCAUCCAGUUCACUUUCUCAACUCGAGAGUGCGAGGAAUCAGAGACAACGUGUUGGUCCCAAACAAGAAUGUGUCACUGCCCAUCCCGCCAGCAGAGGGCAGCAGUCCUCAUGUAUGUGAGGGGACACCCUCAGAUAGUCACCUGCAGCAGCUGCUCACUUAUGCUGAAAGCGUCACAAACUGGAUCUCCUCUGAAAUCGUCAUCUGUGACUCCACCAAGACACAAGUUGCUUUGGUGAGCAAGUAUCUGUGGAUCGGAAAACACUGCUACGAAUCGAGGAACUUUGCCACGGCCAUGCAGGUCCUCGGAGGUCUGGAGAACGUGAUUGUCGGGCAAUUACCAGCUUGGAAGCAUCUGUCGUCCAAGGUGUUUCAGAUACUGGAGGAGCUGCGAGCUGUGCAGGUGUUUCUGAAGAGUGACGACCUGUGUCUGAUGGGUGGGGAGCACCUGAGGACGAGGCCCACCCUGCCGCCACCACAUAUCCUGGCCAUGCACGUCCAGCAGCUGGAGAUCGGAGCCUUCACACUCACUACAGGAGCCUACAAGUGGACCAAGCUCCGGAGAAUAGCAAAGGUUGUGAGUCAGGUCCACGCCUUCCAGGAGGCGGUGUACUCCUACAGCCCGGACCAGGAGCUGCAGGCCUACCUUCAGCGCCGCAUCGCCCGGCUCGCCACCUCUGACAUCCGCCUCUUGGCUGCCGACAACGAUCCCAACGUCCAGCAGUCCAGCGAGCGACAGACGCGGAGAAUCCAGGACACGCUGAAGCGGGUCAAGGCCACCUUCCAGUGAGUCCUGGCCCGGUCACAUGUGUUAGUCCUGAGAGAGCGAGUCGCCACCAACAGGUCGACACCUCAUGUCCAGGCCCAGGCUGAGGCCCCAUGUCCCAUGACACGACCCUGAGAUGCCUCUGAUGUCCUGUCACCACGGCCUUUUAGCCUGAAAACCCCCUGGCAGACUCUACAUCGCUCCGAUUCUGCUUGUUGGUCACACAUCUCAGUAUGCCUCUGCCAAAAAGACAAAAGUCAUGGGUGACGUUUGUAAUAUGAAAGCCUUCUUCCUCUGGUCAUAAUGUAUAAUGAAGUUUGUGUAAUCUUUAUUUGUGAACUGAUGUUGUAUUUUAGAUUUUAUGUCCCACACAUUAUCAUACACAGAGUGAACAUGGCAGCAGCAAUGCAAAAUACAGGUCCAACAUCAAGGCUGGAUCACCAACAUUAACAUGAUCCCUUCAAACUUUUUCUAAGGAAUGCGCGUUAUUAAACUACAACAUCAGCUGAUAUGAAGAGAGCCCAAAGUUUGAAGCCUACUUUUUUUAGGCCACACAGGGAAUGGCAGUCCACCAUAUUUGUUCCACACUGAAAUAUCUCAACAACUAUUGAAUACAUUUCCAUGAACCUCUCGAGGCCAAAUGGAAAACCAGGCAUGUCUGAGCUGCUAAGACUGUUAUGGUGCUGUAUUUUAUAUUUCCUUAUUCAUGAAAAAGUUUUGGGGGCCUUUUUGAGUUUUACCAGCUUCUCCCCGCUCUGUGUCUGAUUGUGAUGAAUGUCAAACAGAGUCUCUACAGGUAUGCUGAUUUGAAAGUAGGUAUUGAGUAAGGCUAUAGAGAGGGAAGAGACACACUUUCAGGCUGUAUCAGGAGAGCAUUCAUAUGUGAUUUGGCACUUUGUUGCACACAAAAUGUCUCUUCAGCUCAUUUUUAUCUGGAUGAUUUGCCAAAUUAGUCCUCUGAUGUAUGAAAGCCCGCCCGCAGUUAUCAUAAGUCAUUUUUGUGUGCGACUCUACAACAUACAGUUUCCUCCAGACCAAAAAGUGGCGGUAUAGAUUAUACAACAAUGCUUAUACAUAUAUGGUAGAUACGCUGAGAAGACAUCUUCACUUCUGGAAAACAUGGAGGAGAUUCAAGUCCUGCUGCUGUUGAUCGUCUUUUACUGGAUCAACUGGCUCGGCUUUCAGGAGAUGUCAGCAAACACCUUAUUGGUUUUGUGUCACUGAUUCAAGUUCGCACUGGAUAUCAUUCUCAGCAAAUAAAUAGCAAGGCAAAGUGCAUAUUUCUGAAUUCGAUUAUGUUCAUCGCCACACAUGAACCAGGAAAGGAAACACGAAACACACUCUACAAAGAAUAGGAAGGAAUGGGGCCCAGGGAGUUAUUUUUGCCUGGGAUCCCCUGGCAGGUUAAUCCAGUCUUGACCAACAAACACAUAAAUCCGCUGAAUUGUAUUUGACUUGCAGGAAACGAGACAAAAUGAAUACAGAAUCUUUCCAUUCACGCAUAAUUGUUUUGUCUAAUCUACAACAGGUAGAUCUGUUUGUACACCAAAUGGGAUUAGUGUGACUAGACUGGUAAUUAAUAUCUAAUAUUAAUUUAAUUGAAACAGCACAAUGGGAAAUAACUGCAAUUUAUUAACAGUGGUGUGUCGUGAAAGCUGAAAACUAGACGAGCUCGCUGUCAGGACAAUACCUUACCAUUACCGACAGACUAUAGGACAUAAUGAGAUGUCAGUGUGCAAAAUGUUAUUAGAUGAACGAUUUUCCGCCUGUGUCUAUUUUUCUAUUUUCCUGCCCGCUCCAUCUCCUCCAUGGUUCCCUGCCCUGAAACACACCGUGGAGAUGGAAUGUGACGUGCUAUGAAGAUUUGCUUCAUUUAGGCAAAUAAACGAGAUUUUGUAAGCUCCCUCUUGCCAGAGCGUGUUAUUGUCAGAUAAUACCCGUGAUGGAAUGGCUGCAUGGCAGGUUACAGCCCCAUUGGAUCUGUCAGGGAAUGUGGGUCGUGGUGGGAGAGCUGAAGAUUGGGUUUCUCUCCUCCUGUAGGGAUUCACAGCGAAUGGUAAUGACAUCAUACUUCUCCCUGGUAUUUCUUCCUCAUGGAUAGGUAUUCCCAUUAAGGCCACAGCGUACUUUAAACCUGUCACAAGGACAGGUCAUUACUUCGCCGAGGCACAUCUAGCUCUUGUGUUUUGUUGUUUUGGGGCCGAUGGGGGCCCCUGCUGUAUGUGCUAAAAUGAUAACCAUAACUUCAACAUCGAAAAAUGUUAAACCAAUUAUGUAGAAAAGUAUUAAAGUGGUAACACUUACAUCAAACUGCAGAACUCAGACAGUUAAUGAAGGUGACUGUACAUCACCAUAACGCUUUUUUGUUAUACUAACCUUUAUAUAAAGUGAGUUUUAUGUUAGGUUGGAUGUUAUUGAAUAUACUGUGUGCCAAAUAGUUUAUAUAAAGG